CUUUUUGGGACUGCAUGUCUAGCAGACGAUCGAGAAGACACAUCUAAAAUCUAAAUAAACAUCGGUAUCGCUGAUCAACUUCGCUAUGCUUGAAAAUCUUGAGUUCCGUGAGGUUGUGCGACUAGCAGGAGUAGGGUUUUUCUACCUCCUCAUCCUGAUGCUCUGUCUGCUCUACUUUGGAGACAACAUUCAGAAGUUUUACUUUAGUUGGUUCCCGAAAUCCCAUCCCACUUUGGAUGAAUCCAAAGAAAAACUGCCUCCUGAUGAGCUGUUAAAACAACAGAAAGCUGCAAGAGAGAAGAUACAGGAUGAGCAUACAUUAAAGGCAGAGAGCUUUAACGAGAGGAUAUUGAAACCAAAGGAAGAGGCCAAGAAAGCUGAGUUGGAGAAGGAAUUCUACCGGAAUGCAGGACCAGCAUGGAAGGGAAAAGGAGAGCGCACAAGGCCAAGAGAUGACAAUGAUGAUUCUUCAUCCGGGAACCAAGAGACCAGACCGGCUCCUCGGAAGAGAGACCUAGAGGGAACUAACCGGGAUGCUGCUGCAGCUAGGAAGCUCCCAGAGUCGGUGACAAACCCACCAAAGAGAGCUCCAGCUGAACCCCCGAAAGCUAAAGUAGUCAUAACACUGCCAGACGAACCAGAAGAAGGAACACCAAAGAGCAUUACUGUUGCAUUGAGGGGCACCGCUAGCAUAGUGAAAAGAAGACGUUUUUUAUUCACAGAAAAGGUUCAGGUUUUACUAAACUGGAUGUCCAAACUGGGUUACCACCAGAAGCUCUACACGCUGGUCAUGACCUACCCUCGGCAGGAUCUAUCCCAGCAUGCAACAGACACGCUAGAGGAAGCAGGGAUCGAUCACGACGUCGCUCUGGUUGUGGAGGAGAUUCUACCGGAGGAAGAGUCGUAGGAAUUUAUUAAAUCAUUUACAUUCCAUAGUAUUUUCUUGAGUCUUUUACCUCAUUUUGAAGGACUCAUUUGAUAUGCUCUGUCAUUUUGUAUUGAAGGAAGAAUUUUAUGUAUUUUUUGCUUCCUUUGAAUGCCUUAUCUUUAAUAGAUUUUAGCAAGAGUUACAUCAUAUAAUGUACUAUGGAAAUAUUCAAGCUUUUUUUUUAUUAUGUAUUAUUUGGAAAGAAAAAAGUUUAUAUAUUUAUAUUAUAAAAGGAGUGAACGGAUUGUAGAAUUAUAGUGCAAGUGUAUAGUUUAAAUUUUUUUGAUUAAUUAUUUUGAAAAUACAAUGUCAAAACUUUUAUUCAUUCAAUAAGUAAUUUCUAUUUAGUGGUUGUCAUUAUAAAAAUGAUGCACAAGAUUGAGUGCGUCGGUAGGAAUUGUGUGCACAAGGUACCUUUGAAUGGUUUUAGACCAAAUUCACACAAUACCACCGCUCCACAAAUUAAACCUGUGCAUCAUCUGUUUUAUAAAAUGGGGCCCCAAAAAUCAUCAAAAAUACGCAAAUCUGUAAUUUUACAGAUUUACCGGGUGCAUGGCAAAAUCGUGCUUUCCAGUAAUUACCGGAUGCAUGAUUUUGCCUAGCUAUGCAUCCGGUAAUUACCGGAAAGCAUGAUUUUAAAUUUGCAUAAUUUGACUGUUGUACUGUAAGUGCAAUGGAUGAAAACGACUUACCUUAACAAAAGAAAGUCAUUAAAUCAAUUUGGCAAGCCUUUUGAGUUUUGGGAGGUGCAAUCUAACUUAGAAGAAGAUCUUGUCCAUUUCAAGUACAGAAAUUGAGUGUUUUAAGUGUGGUGCUUCCCAGCCCCUCUCGCUUUAGUUUCACCAACACAGCCUUAAACAUUAGUGUGCUCUCGGGAAAUUGAAAUUUGUUACAGAUAUCUAAAGUACAGUGAUCCAAAAAGUGGCGUUGUAUGCCAUAGCGAAGGUACUGAAGAGACUUUGAUUCUAUGUAUACAACUCAGUCAGUCUUAUGUACAGAAGCAUAGAAGUUUAGAACGAUGAUAACAGUUUGUCAAAUUCUGGCGCUAAAAUGUCUCCUAAAUUGACGUUCUUGAUCUGUGCAACUUUUCCAACUUUUAAAAUCCAUACUUAAUUGACCUUUUCGUGCUAGCCGCACCCAACAAUUUAGAUAAUUCUUCCUCUGACAGUAGCUGGAAAAUCAAAUCGCCGCAAACUACACAGUAAUUGACCAAUCAAAUUACAGGGAUUCUUCUACCCAUCAUAUAAAAGCAAUAAUAUAUAUACCUCCAAGAACUCCUUUCUUUGAAAUAGAUAAUGGAAAGAGUUAUUUUUUAGUCUUCCUGCUAAUGGGUUAUCUUAUAGAAAAUGCUCUUCUCUCUUCUCCGCUGUACUUGGGGAUCGUUGACCCAGCUCACUGAAUAAAAAUGAUCUAGUAAAGAAGGCAAAGUUCUGUUCAGUGUUGUUGUCCAGUCUUAUGGUCCACAGGUUAUCUUAUAGAAUAUGUUUUCUCUCUUCUCCACUGUAUCAGAUCGUUGACCAAGCUCACUGAAUAAAAAUGAUCUAGUAAAGAAGGCAAAGUUCUGUUCAGUGUUGUUUUCCAGUCU